CGCAUUUUCCCACACCCAAAUUACCCAAUAUCUCUCUCCUCCUCCCCCCCACCCCCCUCUCCCUCUCUCUCUCUCUCUCUUGUUCUCAUCAGAGGAGAUCGCGUCGCCGUCUUCUUUUUUUCUUCGCAGGCCGAAAAGCUCGGAUUUCUGUGAUUAAUUUGAGCUUUCCGCACAGGCCAAAAGACGAGUGGAAGAAGAUAAGAGGGAAAGGAGGGAUAGUAUCAUUGAAAGCUACAGCAUUGAGUUAUUAGAGUAAGUUUAAUUACUCAUCCUAUUUUCUCGAGAAGAUCAAAAAAAAUUUAUGUUCCGAUAGAAAAUUUUCUCGGUUGCCAAUUAAAAAGAACAGGUAAACGUACUCCUGAAGCAUAUUUAUUUUUUUGGGGGGGAGCGCGUUCCUCUUUUCUCCGCAAGUUUCCCGUGAAAGUUUGUUCUUGUUAGUUGGGUUUGUUAAAUUUGUUGUCGUUUAGAUGCCGGAGAAAGGAGUGAGCUGGCCGCUGGCGUACCUAUGGGUUCCCCGGCCAAACCAUCUGCUUCAAUGGCGCUUGUGGGUGUUGACGGCCGUCGUUUUUCUGGGAACGUUGGCGGUUUGGAGCAUUGAUGGGUGUAAUGUAAAGAGAUUGAUUGAGGCAAGGAGUUUCCGGCGAGAGUAUGCUACUUUGAAGCUCAAUAGGUCGGUUACUUUGACCUAUACUGACCGGGAUCUGACCCAGAACACCCAUAAUUUCACUCUGCACAUCCAUUACGUCCCCGUUAAUAAUCAUACCCAAAACCAUCCCAAUGUGACCCAUUUGAUCCACCGCAAAAAUCCUGAAAAUCGCAGUCACUCUAAACCGCAAUUGCCUACGAACAAUCAUAAGCAACCUGCUUCAUCUCCGGUUUACCGAAAACCCAACCUGAAUCUGGCGCAACCACAAGCUCCGGCGAACUUGAGAUGGAUAUCGGCUGAGUUAGAGCAGAAUUUGACGUCGAAUCUCCUGGCUCGUUGGUUGGCUCCCGGUGGUGUGCCCUGCAAAGACUCGAGGACUCUGAAAAUAGCGAUUCAUGGUUUGGACGGUCGAGAUUCGAUCGAGCUCUCCGCCGGAGAAAUUCAUGAAUUUGUUUUUCGAGCACUGGAUGAUUCCGGGAAUCCUCGGUGUUUGGGUGGAGAUUACUUUGAGACCGAUAUUUCCGGGGAGAGGUGGAAAUCUCGACCACCCGUCAAAGAUUUGGGCAAUGGUUCUUACUCAUUUUCGCUCCAAGUUCAUCCUGAUUUUGCAGGGAAUUACAAUUUCAGCGUGAUUCUCCUUUUCCGGCACUUCGAGGGUCUCAAAUUCUCUCCCGAACGGUUCGCUUUCGACAAAGAACUCAGACGAUUAUCCAUCAAAUUUUACUCUAAGAAGAAAGCUCAAUUACCGGAGUUGCGGACUUGCACAAAAUCUGACUUCACGAGAGAUGUUUGGUCCGGGAGGUGGACGAGGCUCGCAAAGAACGAUGAUUGCCAGAUUGGAGACGAUGGCCGGUACCGGUGCCUGAGACCCGAUUUUGCCUGCCGUAAUCAAUGGUGUAAUGGUUCAUUGGCUCUUUUGGAGAGCAAUGGUUGGGUCUACUCGAGCCAUUGCUCCUUCAAAAUAUUUACCGGCGACUCUGCUUGGAAUUGUUUGAAGAACCGAUGGAUUUUCUUCUGGGGCGAUUCGAAUCACGUCGACACGAUUCGAAACAUGCUCAAUUUCAUCCUUGAUUUGCCCAAUAUUCCGUCAGUUCCCCGGCGGUUCGACAUGAAUUUCACGAACCCCAAAGACCCAUCUCAGUCUGUUCGAAUCACCAGCAUCUUCAAUGGCCAUUCAAACGAGACAAAAAAUUAUCUGGGCUUGCACUCGCUAAGAGACGAAAGAUUUCGAAAUCUUUUGAAGCAGUACUUCUCGGAAAACACAAUCCCGGACACGAUGAUCAUGAACUCCGGGUUACACGACGGCGUCUACUGGCGAAAUAUCAGACAAUUCGCCCAAGGAGCAGAGUACGCGGCGAAGUUUUGGGCGGAGGUGAUGGAGUCGGUGCGGCGGAGGGGGCAGCCCGUGCCGGAAUUCAUAUACCGGACGACGGUGGCGACCGGCGGGUAUGCGAGGACGUUGGCAUUCAAUCCUAACAAGAUGGAGGCUUUCAAUUGGGUGUUCUUGGAGAAGUUGAGAGAAGCAGGGUUGAUUGCAGGGGUGAUUGAUGACUUUGACUUGAGCUACGCUUGGCAUUUCGAUAACCGGUGUAACGACGGCGUGCAUUACGGCCGAGCUCCGGCGAAGAUGCGGUGGAGGGACGGCCAAAUCGGGCACCAGUACUUUGUGGACCUCAUGCUGGCACAUGUGCUGCUCAACAGGCUGUGUGUGAGUUAGCUUCAUUAGAGGUAGGAGAUGGGAUGCUGUGUGUGAGCCCCGAGGUGGUGAUCAGAGACUGUGGCAAAAUUUUGAGGCAGGUGUUGUAUUUUCUGUAAUUGUUGUAUAGCGUUGAGUAGUGUUGGCAUUCUUUAUUGGUUUAUUGAUUGUUGUUAUCUGCGGUUAGAUACAUUCCCGUAAACAAUAAAAUUUUACCAUUUUCCAGUA